CACGCCAGUCUCGUAGUAAGGUAGCGCGAGCCUGAGUAGAGAGCUAUUAAAGGAACCGAGACCGUGUGACCGGCUGCUGCGCUCAAACAAACAACUCAGGAAGUGAAGAGAGACUGCAUCAACUGCUACUCAGGAUGGCCAAAGGUGACCCUCGGAAGCCCAAGGGCAAGAUGUCCGCCUACGCUUUCUUCGUUCAGACCUGCCGUGACGAACACAAGAAGAAGAACCCAGAUGUCCCAGUCAACUUCUCAGACUUCUCCAAGAAGUGCUCCGGAAGGUGGAAGACCAUGUCUCCCAAGGAGAAGUCAAGGUUCGAGGACCAGGCCAAGCAGGACAAGGCUCGCUUUGACCAGGAGAUGAAGGGUUACACACCCAGCAAGGGUGCGGGCAGGGGCAAGAAGGCUCGGAAGGACCCCAACGCCCCCAAGAGACCCCCGUCUGGGUUCUUCCUCUUCUGUGCUGAGCAACGCCCCAACAUCAAAUCCCAGAACCCCAGCUUUGGCAUCGGGGACGUGGCUAAGAAGCUGGGCGAGAUGUGGAACAACCUGUCCGACUCCAGCAAGCAGCCCUACGUGGCCAAGGCCAACAAGCUGAAGGAUAAGUACCAGAAGGACAUGGCAGACUACAGAGGGAAAAGCAAAAUGGGCGGGGCGUCCGCCUCCAAAUCGAAGAAGGCUGCGGACGACGAUGACGACGAGGAAGAAGACGACGAGGAAGACGACGAUGACGACGACGACGACGAUGAAUAACUGUCCGUUUUCUUUUGUUUUCGUUUUCUAGACACAACUUCUUUUCUUUUUCCGCCCUUCAAAUGGUUCGGGGGUUAUGAAAACACUGGCUUUAAAUUUAUACGGCAUCACCUUACUGUAAGACCACCGUAGCACGUUCAGAGUCCCAGCUCUGCAGCCCGUGGAGGGUCUUGUUCCUUGUUGACAUCUACAGAACCUAAGGGUUUCAUGACCUGUGACGGUUCCCCUUUCUCUGCCGGCCAGUGUUCUCCUGACCCCUCCUUCUCCAGACAGCCCUGUCUGUGCUAGUAGGAUACCUCCCCUUAUUUAGGAUUUGUGCUGUGUAUAUAUUACGGUGUUGGAAUAGAUGUAGGGUUUGUUUUAUUUAGGACAGCAGGUGGAGUGAGAGGCCAUGGUUUGGAGGGAAGAAGCCCUGGGAGGUCGUGACCCUGACCUGUAGGAAGGGAGGGGUUUAAGACGUCAAAUGUUUAUAACCCCCCCCCCUCUCUCUCCCUGACCCACCCCCCUGCUCUCUCCUUGCUCUCCCUAGUCUCUCCCUGGUCCUCGCUGGGCUCCCCCUUGGUCUCUCCCCAGUUCUCCACCCCUGGGGGCUCAUUUAUAAAACUAGUAGUAGUAAAUUUCACUUAAAAACGUUGCGUACGAACAAAGUGCGUGCGCACAAAUAUAUUCUGAUUGAUAAAACACAUGCACAUUCCGCUCAACAUGCAAGUUUUCCUUUAUAAAUCACAACUUACUGGAAAUUAAGCGCACGUACGCAAGCGUCUUGUCCCACCCAAGUAACGCCCAUAAUUGCCUAUAAAGGGUCAAUGGCCGGCCCCAAAUUAAUAUUAAUAGGUUUAGGGUUAGUAACACUUUCAGGCAUUUUCAUUGACAGUUAUGCGCAACGAACAUGUGAAAACAUAUAUGACACUACAUUCCUGACUAAAGCAACAGCAUCAGUUUAAACCAAAUUCGUCUUUAUGUUCACCGAAUUAUUUAUGGGAAUACAUUUCAUAACAUGCAAGAAGUGUUGACUGAUUAUUGAUCCAAUCAAAUAUUAUUCCAGAUUAAACCGUACAGAUAUUGGAGGACUCCUUUUGCAUCAACAGAUAUCUUGUUUGUAUUUAUUGGAAAUCAUGUAUUUUGUGCGUGCACUACAGUGAAGUCUUCAUAUAUAACACGUGUGAGGUUAUAUUUGGAUUUCUUUUUCACAAUGUUAUCAACUCGAAGGCUUGUCUCGAGUUUCAUCCUCCUGCCAUCGGAGUUGCAGUUUCCCAUUUCUCAAAGUUUUGUGCAUACGCAUGGGUAACAGUGUGCGUGGAGGACUCACGUGAAGUUUCUUUUUUAUAAAUCUCAAAGUUUGCCGUACAAACUGGUGUUCGCAUUAAUUUGUGCGUACGCAACGUUGAUAAAUGAGGCCCCUGGUCUCCUCCCUGCUGUCUCUUUGCUCGGUCACAACUAUCAGGUCUGUGUUUUGAAUAUUUCGUUUGGAUGGACAGCUUUAGGUUGAAGUUAACCUUGUGCUAAUGAACGUAAGGUUUUGACACCUGUAAUGAAUUUUAUGUUUAGGGUGGUUCCAAAUAAAGUACCAGAUUUGUA